AAACCGUUUAGUCAAAGGAAGGACGGUUCAAUAAAUCGGUAUCUGAAGUGCAAUAUAGAGGCGUCUUCCUCACUCGUAUGCACCUUUGAGGCCUUUGAAGGUGGGAGAGAGUGUGCAAGGGUGAAAAAAAGACUGAAAGUUUUCACCUUUGUUGUCUGGGUUCGUCGCACUGUCUAGUCUCUACUUGAAAUAAAAUAUAAAAAGAAAGAGAAAAAAUCGUUUUGUUGCUGGAGUCGGUGAGCUAAGUGAGUGUAGAGAAUCAAUAGAAUGUCUGUGAAGAGUAGAGGAAUGGGUGGAGGAGAGUUAGCUAAGAAUGUUAUGCCUCGGAACUGGGUUCUUUUGCUGUGCUUAGGCAGCUUCUGUGCUGGAAUGCUCUUCACCGACAGGAUGUGGACGGUGCCUGAGACUAAAGAUAUGGCAAGGACAUCAAGACUUGAAGAUGCCCGAAUAAACAUAAAAUCUGAUGGUGAUCCACAAUUUAACGUUAUACAUCGAAGCAGCGAUGACAGUAUAGGGAAACUGGACAAGACAAUUCCAAAAUUGGAGCUGAAAUCAACAGCUGCUAGGGCAGCACAUGGAUCUGCAAGGGAUGGCUUUUCCAUAUCAGGAAGCUUGAAAAAUAUUGAAACAAAUUUGAAAAGAAAAUACUUUAUGGUUAUAGGAAUCAACACAGCUUUUAGUAGCCGCAAACGAAGAGAUUCUAUUCGUGCUACUUGGAUGCCACAAGGUGAGAAGAGAAAGAAGCUGGAGGAAGAGAAGGGCAUAGUGAUACGCUUUGUCAUAGGUCACAGUUUGACCUCUGGUGGUAUCCUCGAUAAAGCAAUCAAGGCAGAGGAGAUGUUGCAUGCCGACUUCUUGCAGCUGGACCAUGUAGAGGGCUACAUGGAAUUAUCAGCCAAGACAAAGACUUAUUUUUCAACUGCUGUUGCCUUGUGGGAUGCAGAAUUUUACAUUAAAGUUGAUGAUGAUGUACAUGUAAAUUUAGCUACGCUUGGAACGAUUCUAGCUAGACACCGUAUAAAACCUCGAGUUUAUAUUGGCUGCAUGAAGUCUGGUCCUGUUCUUGCUCGGAAGGGAGUGAGAUACCAUGAACCAGAGUAUUGGAAAUUUGGCGGGGUGGGAAACCGCUAUUUCCGUCAUGCGACAGGACAAUUAUAUGGUAUCUCAAAAGAUUUGGCUACAUAUAUAUCAAUAAACCAGAAUGUACUGCACAAAUAUGCCAACGAAGAUGUUGCAUUAGGAUCUUGGUUAAUUGGUUUAGAUGUGGAGCAUGUGGACGAUAGGAGACUUUGUUGUGGUACACCUCCAGGUACCCAUUAAGUCUGUGAAAUGACAGGCUCCGGGUUAGAAAAUUGAUUCUCUCUGAUUUGUCUAGCUUUUAGUUCUGCUCAACAUCCUGAAUUGCCAAGUCUAAUCUGUGGCUGCUGUGUGGCUUAAAAUAGUUUUGUUGCUUUCAAUGAAAUCUGAGUUACACUUUUUCUUCACAAAUAUCAUGCUUUUCUUUAGUCUCUAUUGUCACCAACUGGUACCAAUUAUGGAUCAUUUUCUAUGCUUUCUUACUGUCUCUCCAUUUUAAAUAAAAACUUGAGUAGGUUGGAGCAGGUAUUAGUUUUCAGUAUAAGGAAGAAACAAUUAUGUGAAGUUUGGCAUUUGGCCUACCAGUUCAUCAACUCUGUUAUAAUCUACCAAUUCAUUGGUCCAAAAUUCAAACAUGCUCAAGAAUUGAUCCUGGUUCACUAGAAAUCAUGGACUCUCGGUCCCUUCCAUUAUUGCUAAUUUUAUUCCAUAAGGUUAAACUUAAGAUUACCUGAUUAGUACGCAUAUGCUCUAUGGAAUGUUCUUACGAUGGAAACACUGCACCAAGCUCUAUGGUGCUAAAAUUUCAAUUUUUUCAGAAGGGCGAAGAUAGAUUUUAAAAAAUGAACUGCUGCUUGCAUGGAUUUUCCGGUAAGAGUCAGUGUAUCCUGAUGAUGUGUUCCUGCAGACUGUGAGUGGAAGGCGCAGGCCGGAAACAUCUGUGCUGCUUCAUUUGAUUGGAAGUGCAGUGGGAUUUGCAAGCCUGUUGAAAGAAUCUCGGACAUUCACCAGCGGUGUGGUGAGGAUGAGAGUGCUCUGUUGACUGCAAGC